GAUAAUUAAAAAGGAACGAAGGAAGCAUGCCUUUUACAGAGCCAACUGCUCUAAAGACUAAUGAGUUCUAUUUUUUAUUAUUUUUUAAUCUUCUAAAUAUCUAUGAGAAAAUAUAUCCCUCAAAUGUCUAUUAUCGUUCUCGUCUUACUUUCUUGGAGUUGCAUCUAAUUGAACACAGAAAAAAAGAAUGUGUGUGUGAAGGUCGAUGUUUUGAAUCUUUCGAUGUCUACACACAAGAUUAGAAGACUAUACUGAGCGGUCUACUUUUUCCAUUUCGAUUUUACAGUAGAUUUCGCAUCAUAAGAGUUACAUACAAUACCAUGACUGUGAUGAUAAAGAUGCAAUUCAAGUUUUAUAUUAAAUCAUCUUCAGUUUCAUCUGUUCAUGGCGUCCCUUCCCUUUUCCCCGUUUGUCUCCAAUCUGUCGAUGGUUGCGUAAAAUGGAGGAAAGUAAAUUUAUCAUGUCAUCCAAUGCAGCACAACAGAGUUGAAGAAUUUGGUGUUGUUAAGAGAUUUUCAGAUACCAUUAAGAACUCAAUUCCUAGGUGUCAAUGUGGUUCUAGUGGUGGAAAGGAACUAUCUUGUGAGUUAUAUAAUGAUUCUAUAGCUGAGCUAUGCGGAGCAGGGGAUAUCGAUAAGGCUAUGGCGUUUCUUGCUCAAAUGGAGGCUCUGGGCUUUCGUCCGAAUUUAAUAGCUUACACCUGUUUGAUAACAGCUCUUGGAAGUGUUGGGAGGACUCUGGAAGCUGAUGCAAUCUUCCAAGAAAUGAUACAUUCAGGGUACAAACCAAGACUAAAAGUGUACAACAUCUUGCUCAGAGUUUUCUUGAAGAAAGGCCUGUUAAGACUUGCGGAUAGAGUUCUAGUGGCAAUGGAUGAUUCGGGUAUGGGAAGGAAUCGAGAAACAUAUGAGAUCCUUCUUGAUUAUUAUGCUCAUGCUGGGCGGUUGGAAGAUACCUGGUCAGUUAUCGGUGAGAUGAAGCGAGAGGGAUUUCAACUGAAUUCAUUUGUGUACAGCAAGGUUAUUGGACUUUAUAGGGACAAUGGGAUGUGGAAGAAAGCAAUGGGCAUUGUGGAAGAGAUAAGGGAGAUGGGGGUUUCACUUGACAAGAGGAUCUAUAAUAGCAUCAUCAACAUGUAUGGGAAAUGUGGCGAGUUAGGAGAAGCCUUACAAGUGUUCGAGAAAAUGCAGCAAGAAGGCAUUAAACCUGACAUAACAACGUGGAAUUCUUUGAUCCAGUGGCAUUGCAAGUCUGGGGAUCUUGUGAAUGCUAUUGAGUUAUUUACUAAGAUGCAAGAACAAGGGCUGUAUCCUGAUCCAAAAAUCUUCAUUAUCAUUAUUAGACGUCUGGGGGAGCAAGGAAAAUGGGACAUAAUAAAGAAGAAUUUUGAGAAUAUGAAAGACAGAGGGCAUCAAAGAAGUGGAGCCAUUUAUGCAGUUCUGGUUGAUAUUUAUGGGCAGUAUGGAAGAUUUCAGGACGCAGAAGAGUGCAUAAAUGCUUUAAAGUUGGAAGGCGUUCAUCUCUCAACUAACAUAUUCUGCCUGCUGGCAAAUGCUUACGCUCAACAGGGAUUAUGCGAACAGACAGUAAGGGUUCUUCAGCUCAUGGAAGCUGAAGGGAUUGAACCAAAUCUUAUAAUGCUGAAUGUGUUGAUCAAUGCAUUUGGUAUUUGUGGAAGGCAUUUGGAGGCACUAUCAGUUUAUAACCAUAUAAAAGAAAGUGGUAUAAGCCCUGACUUGGUUACCUACAGCACGCUUAUGAAGGCAUUUAUUCGCGCAAGGAAGUUUGACCAGGUCCCUAUAGUAUACAAGGAAAUGGAAUCUGCUGGAUGCACACCAGAUAGGAAGGCUAGAGAGAUGAUGCAAACAGCACUAAUGGUCCUUGAACGGAGACGCUGAGCAUUUGAUUGGGUCUGGGCUUGAGGUUAUUUUUCCAUUGUGUGCAAUAGAUUGUAGAUGUAAUCAUAAUCCAGAGGCUUCUCCAUAAGCAUGAUCCUUUCGUGAAUCCGUGGUAAUAUUACCAAAGCUCAGAGAUGGUGGAGACACUUUGGCCCUUGAUAUGAUUAUAAUUCUUAACAUUGGAGGUCAAGAUGAGUGGUAGUGCUGCAGGGAUUUUAUUAUAAUCUUUGUUUAACAUGCCCGGUGAAUAUGGUUUUUGGAAAGUUCAGGCUUUGGCUCACCGGUCAGGGUUCCAGUUAUAUUCAAUGCUCAGCAUAAACAAUAUUUUGUCCAUCCAAUACAUGUUGGACCUUCGGCAAGAUGCAUGCUUCUUCCAUGUCAGGAAUUUGAUGCUGCGGCUGAAAGAAUGAUGAAUGACGAGAAGAAAUGGACUUGGUCGCUCUUCCCAAGUUGAUACAUGUUAAGCAUGCUAUGUUCCCAGCACUUCAAUUCUACUACUCAAUGGUACUAAGAAUUGUGGCAUGUAGAUGAGAGAAAUGAGGAUUUUGAGAGAAGAAUUUGAUUUAUCAACUUGUGUUUGGACAGCAUAUCUUGAAGUUGAAUAAUUUCAAUGAAACAAAAACAAGACUGGAGUUGUCUCAAUUAUGAUUUUCCAUUUCCACAAUUGCAGAACUGCUGAUGGAGCUGCAAUUUCUUAUUUUUGCAUCAUAGAUUCAUAGCCGUCUCUCAACUUGUUUUGAUUUGAUAAAUCCUACAAGAAAAAUCAUAUUUUGGCCAAAAACCAUCUG